AUGUCUACCAACGGAGACCACGAGAUGGCUGAUGCUGUUGCCGGCGCUGAUGUAGACGCUGCUGAGGUUGAACUCGUUGAGCCUCAGCGCAUCAGAGUCGUAAGUACUUAUCUAUUCAAUUUUCAUAUAAAUUCUUUUCUCCUACGCGGAUCAUCUCUGCAAAACAUCACUGCAACAUGCUACGGACGAGAAAUUACGAGCAAAUCUGACAGAAAACAGCUUCCUGGAUCCACCGACACUGCUGCUUCAUCUGAAUUCACCAAGGAAGACCACACUCUUGGAAACGCUUUGCGUUACAUCAUCAUGAAGAAGUGA